CCUACCACAACUUCUCAUACAACUGUGCCGAUUUGCAAUCGCUUCGCGCUGUGUUGUUUUUCGUUUGUGUCCGUCAGAAUCCUCUGCAAUUUAUUUGAUUCUUUCUCUUCUGUGUUCGGAGAACGAGCAAAUUGUGUCCAGUUUUUCCUGUUUCGUUGGCUCAAUACAUUAAGGAUGGCGCCCCGAAAUAAAGAAAAUAAACAGUCAAAAGGGCGGCGUGGAGACAACAGUUCUAGAGAGGAGUCCGACAGGGAGUGGGAGAGGGAGAAAGAUGGAGAUGAGUACCGCAAAAGGAGAGACAGGAACAACCAGGCUGUGCGAAGAAGUCGAGUGAAAAGCAGAAUGCGUACACAGCAAACAUUGGAACGAGUCAAUCAGCUGAAAACAGAAAACGAGCUAUUAGAAGAGAAAAUCCGCAUUCUUACUAAAGAACUUGGUUUUUUGAAGGACCUAUUUUUAGCUCAUGCAGGUAAUGCACAUGCAACUGACCUGAAUGGCAUAGACUUGGAGCGGCUUUUAAGUGACACUCCUAAAGAAGCACCUACCACAAGUUCAAGCACCUCAGGGACUUCAAGAUCCCGUUCAAAGCAGUAUUAGACCACUUAUUCUCUUUCUUUCCCAUUAUCAUGUGAAUGAUUUUAACCCUUUCAAAAUUGGCCAAAAUACUGAUUUAGCAGUAUCGUCAUGAAGGACUGAAUUACUGUCUCUUCAUUUUAAAAAUGGAAAAAUAGCCUCUGGUUUGUUUUCAAUUUAGAAAUUUCAUAAUUGUACAUCACUUGAAAUGUACCACAGGUUUUCUUGUUAGAGAUGAGGUGGGUGUAUAGGCAGACGUACUAAGGUUAUCUACAGUUGUGUAGUAAAUGUCAUUUUAGCCCCAUUUGAGAUUGUACAUUUAUGCAAUUAUGAGCCAAGCUUUGAAACAGUGAGACAAUAUUUUCUUGCUGAGUGUACCAAAAUUGUGGUGCCUUGUUGCAUUUCUUUGGUCUAAGCCAUUGAACUUAUUUAUGUUGAUUUUCAAAGUAGAAGUAAAUUUGUCAUAUUAUCAUUCAUAUUUUCUGUAUGUAAUAAAAUGUUUUAUGAUAGUGUUUACAAACUAAUGAAAGUAGUAUUAUUAUUUAAAGUAGCUUUAAUUGAUGAGAUAGAAAUUAGAGAGUAUUAGUCUCACUUUUUUCUGUUAAUAGUUUUAAAGUAGUGUGUAUAUGUAAGGCUUUGUUGAAAGCAUUUAAGUGUAACAUUUGUAUGCAUGUUCACUAUUGUGGGCUGAGCAACUGUGAUUGCUUUAAAUUAUUGUCUUCAAAGAAUGAAAUGUACAGCCCUGUCUUUGAAAUCAGGAAAGAAACAAACAGGAAAAAAAUCAUUGCAUCACUCUGCUGCACAUUUCCUGGUUCUCUGUUUGUUUGUUGACUAAAAUACAAUUUCUGCUGACUUAAGUUCAUUUUUCAUCUUUAGAUAUCUUUUAGUAUUGUCACAUACUGGCUUAACUAUUUUAUUGUUUAUAUAAUAUGUCUAUCUGUGUUUGAAAACUUGAUGUUUUUAUGGUAUUGUUUUUUAAAAACGUGUUGCUCACUGUCUUUGUAUUUAUUAUUUAUUACUGCGAAAUAGAGGCUCUCUGUUCAAAA